CCCCGGCACGCCUGAGCCCACGGCAGCGCCUCUCCCGGCCGGCCCUCGCUCAACCAGCGUCGGACAGCAGCACCAGCCGCCCCCUCCUCCUCCUCCUCCUCCUCAUCUUCCUCCUCUUCUUCUUCUCCUCCUCCUCCCUUGCCGGCCGCUCCCUCCCCGCGACCCGCGCAGCCAGAAGAUGGCGGCGCACAGACUCCUCCUGCCGCCGCUCGCCCGCCGCAUCCUCCUGCCCGCCGCGCGGACACGGGGCGCCGCCGCCGAGAUUUCUGGAUGCUAUUUUUCUACCAGCUGCCAUCGCAACACCAAAUUUUAUACUGAUCCUGUUGAAGCUGUAAAAGACAUACCCAAUGGGGCAACUAUACUUGUUGGUGGUUUUGGAUUGUGUGGGAUUCCUGAAAACCUCAUUGGGGGUUUGCUGAAGACUGGAGUAAAGGGAAUUACAGCUGUCAGUAACAAUGCAGGUGUUGACAAUUUUGGACUUGGUCUUCUGCUUCAGACUAAGCAGAUAAAACGCAUGGUAUCGUCAUAUGUUGGAGAGAAUGCUGAAUUUGAACGCCAGUAUUUAUCUGGUGAGCUUGAAGUUGAGCUUACACCUCAGGGUACGCUUGCUGAACGUAUUAGAGCAGGAGGAGCAGGAAUCCCAGCGUUUUACACCAGUACUGGCUAUGGGACACUGGUGCAGGAAGGGGGCGCACCUAUCAAAUACAAUACAGAUGGCACCAUUGCUAUUGCCAGUCAGCCAAGGGAGGUGCGAGAGUUUGAUGGUCGUCACUUUAUCCUCGAGAAAUCAAUUACAGGAGACUUCGCUCUUGUGAAAGCAUGGAAGGCUGAUCGUGCAGGAAACAUCAUUUUCAGGAAAACUGCAAGAAAUUUCAACCAGCCAAUGUGCAAAGCGGCCAAGACAACCGUGGUGGAGGUAGAAGAAAUUGUUGAUAUAGGAGCAUUUGCCCCAGAAGACAUUCAUGUUCCCAAAAUCUAUGUUGAUCGCCUGAUACAGGGAGAGAAGUUUGAGAAGAGAAUCGAACGCUUAUCAAUCCGAAAACCUGAAGACUCAAAAGCCAAACAAAAACAAGGAGACAAUGUGAGGGAGAGGAUCAUCAGACGGGCUGCUUUGGAGUUUGAGGAUGGCAUGUAUGCUAAUCUGGGUAUUGGAAUCCCACUGUUGGCCAGUAACUUCAUCAGUCCAGACAUAACUGUUCACUUACAGAGUGAAAACGGAGUCCUGGGUUUGGGUCCUUACCCACUUGAAAGUGAAGUAGAUCCAGACCUGAUUAAUGCAGGUAAGGAGACAGUCACUGUUCUUCCUGGUUCUUCUUAUUUCUCUAGCGAUGAAUCGUUUGCAAUGAUAAGAGGAGGCCAUGUUGAUUUGACGAUGCUUGGAGCUAUGCAGGUGUCUAAGUACGGUGACCUGGCCAACUGGAUGAUUCCUGGUAAGAUGGUGAAAGGAAUGGGGGGUGCCAUGGACCUGGUAUCCAGUGCCCAGACCAAAGUUGUUGUCACCAUGGAGCACUCAGCCAAGGGCAAUGUCCAUAAAAUCUUGGAAAAAUGCAAUUUACCACUUACUGGGAAACAAUGUGUAAACCGCAUCAUUACAGAGAAGGCUGUGUUUGAUGUGGACAAAAAGAAGGGGCUCACCCUUGUGGAAAUCUGGGAAGGACUGUCAGUGGAUGACAUCAAGAAAAGCACUGGCUGUGACUUUGCAGUUUCACCAAAACUGAUACCUAUGAGGCAGAUUUAAACCUGGAGCACAGUUUGGGCUUCACUUGCCAGAAGGCUUGUUUCCAAAUGGGAGCUCAGUGAAGAAAAAUCCGUGACUGUUUUGCAAUUUUCCUUUUUUUUUUUUUUUUUUUUUUUUUUAAGGGCUUUGUAAGUAGUUUCCAGCUAGUUAAACUCAGGCCAUGACUAUCAGCCUAUAUGGAAUGUUACUUUCAUAGCAUUACCAAUUUUAACAGAAGGGUGAAUUUAUUCCCUAAAUUUCAAAUAAUGUUAUACUGAAAUGUUAGUGAACAUUGUCAAAAAAAAUGCCUUGUAGUCUCUCUGCCAAAUAAUACGUUUUUUACACAGAUUCAGGAAAUGACCAUGCAAACUUACAAUUUCCUCUGCUUUUGCUGAUGUUGCUCAGUUACAAAUCACUCUGUUGCUCUUUAACUACAGCAUUUACUAUGUUUCUUUUCCUGUAAUGUGUCUUUCUUCUGGAGUGGUGUAUAGCAAAUGCAUGCAUCUUCAGAAAGCCAUCAGGAAUAUGGACUUCCCUCUUCCAGAACCUUUUAAUGAGGCUGUGACAAAACUGUUUGUAUCAGUGGGGCCCUUAGCCCUGAAUGUAUCUGCUGCUUCAACAGUGUCUGAUGGCGUUAAGAUGGCAUGCACCGCCCACAGUCCAGCUCUCACCCCUUCUAUUUAAAUUGUACAAGCUAGAAUGGGGCUAGUUUGCAGGAGGAAGAUAAAAACAUGUUUCCAUUCCCCUGCAAACAACUGAUAGCUGUACAGUUGUCCCACAUGAACUGCUCUUACUCUUCGGAUAUAAUCUUUUCUCCUCCCUACCUCCAUUCAAAGGCAAAUGAAGGCUGUUUCUGUAGCGAGGUCUGCCCUUCCAGUGUUACAUAUGGGAGGAAAAUGCUGUGGGCAUUUGGGAGAUUGCUUCCGAAGGGAAUACGAAGCAGUAAGUUUGUACCACUUAAGAAUCAAGACAUCAGCAAAAAUUAGAGAGUUUGGAACCCAAACUCAUGAUAACUAGAAUGCAAACCAUGAGACAAUCAAUAUGAAAAGUCAUUCUCUCAUACUGGUUCUGCUAUUUGGUAAAGAUCUUACUUUCGCUGUUCUAAUUACAAACCAACUGUUUUUGCAAACAAGCAACACAGUUAUGACAGCAUUGGAUCUCACAUCCCAGAUUAGCACAAUGGAUCUUCAUUAUACAGAGCAUGAAUUGGUUAGAAAUACUGGAAGUCUGCAUCUGUUAAAAUACAGUGUUCUUCUACAGUGUUCUUUCCAGGUAGGAUAGUUUCCAUCAUUCAUCUAAAUAGGAAUGCUUAAAACACUUCAGUGAAAAUAAUUCUUGACAUAUAUUUGAUGUUUGAUGUUUGAUAGAAGGAAAUUAAGUGACUGAAAAAUAUGUAAAAUGUAUAUGCACAAAGAAUUAUAUAGAUAUGCCUAUCAUAAAUGUGGUAAGCAGUGUUGGGGUAUGGUGUAGAAGGGAAUUUUGAUACUAGAUGGAUGAUGUAUUCAGUGCAUGUGUGGAAGGAAUGUAACACAUUUCUAGGGAACCAGAUAUGAAACUCCUGCAAUAUUAGCUCCAGUACUAGCCUUUGUACUGCACUAGUAACCUUGUAUAAGAAAUACUAAUUUUUCAUGGGGCAGUUAUAAAAUUCGUCUUAUCCCACACAUGGGUUUUGCAGCAGUAAAUCUGUUGAUUAGAGAAAUUAUUUUUGUUGAGUAAUAAUUACUCUAAGCAGUUCCUUGUUAGUCUCCUGUCAAUACCAGAAUAUGUUGUUGUUCUUCUCACAAAGGAAUAAACAAAAUACCUUUGUAAGCACCUUUACAUUAGUACAAAAGUACUCCCGUAAUAACUAAGCUGUAUGACUUGAGCUAAUGGGUGCUAAUGGCCGUUGUAUAGCCUAAAUGUGUAGGCAAUACCUUAAUGCCAAGCACAUGAGAAAGAAAUGUCUUUUACAGACUAGUGUUAAUUUCAUUACUGAACAUGUACAAGUGAUUUCUUUGAUAGUUAAUUUGUGUGCAAGGCCUAAAACUACGUUGAUCAAAGUGCUCCAGAAUAUCCAAGAUUAGCAACAUUUUUACCUAGUUUUAUUUUUCAUACUUUCUCUAUUAAUACUCCCUGUGCAUAUUCCCUCAUUCCAGACAAGUUAUUUUCUUGAUGUUUGGCCAUUUCUACUGCUGUGGAGUGAUCUAAGUGGUUCUACUCAGAGAGGUUUUGCAGAUUAAAAGUCGCUAUAUAAAAAGGUGACUUUCAGCUUUGUGAAACAAUUUUGGUUUCAGACAGAGCAGCCAAGAGAUGUCUGCCAUGCUCCACAAAAACAUUUCAGUGACAGUUCUGACCCUUGCGGUGCAGCACACAGCAAAAAAAAAAAAAUAAAUAAAAAAGAGCUACUUUGAGGGGAUGGAUCUGGUCCCUGAAAGUUUCUUGUCCAUCAUCACUUAAAGCUCUCAUAGAGAUCAACCAGAAUGGAUGAUAUUUUUAGAGGGGAAUAUAAAAACUAUUGUACAGGGGAGGAGAUUUAAUAACUUAUCCAGAAAUAAAAUUAUUUAAAUAGCCGGGGAAGUCUUAAAGAAAUCUAAAAUGAAGUGUUGAUCUAUUGCAAUUACCUAUGUUAUAUUAGUCUUAGUACUGAUUAGUUAAUUACAGCAUACUUUAUUGGCAUAUAUAGGGCAUGGGAGAAGUGUCUGAGGGCAGCUUCAAGUAUAUGCUGCUUCUUCCAUUGAACUAUGCUUUGCUGGCAUACGCACAGAAGCCAUAAUUAUCCUUGAUAUAUGGCUUAUAAAAAGACUGAUGACCUGAUAAUGUCUGGGAGUUCAGGACCUUGAUUUCUGACACAAAGAAUUAGGAGCCACGAACUCCCGCAUUUUAGCUUUUCCAAUUCUCUACGUAUUGCCUUGAAAAUUGUCAUCUGUGCUCUCUGUCUUGUUUCCUAGAAAAGGGGAUGUUUUUCUUCCUACCUCACAGGGGUGUUGUGGGGAAUAACCAGCUAUGAUCUGUGCAACAGGUUAUGCUUUCUCUUCAGCUUGGAUCAAGAGCAUGGAAGAGUGCUUUGAAGAAUGUCAUACAUGGUGGAUAUUUGAAUUUUGUGUCUACUCUUACUUGCACCAGUGUAAUGCAAGAGGGCGAAAGUCAAUAUGGUGCUGAAGACCAGGGAAGUAAGGAAAAUAGGCGCUCUCAGUAUAUUCCGGUGGUGCAAAUAUCUGUAUGUCACACUUACAUUUUUUAUCUUGAAGACAUUAUGUUGUGGUAGAAUAUCACAUGAAAUACCACAUUAUGAAAAUGUCAUGUGUCUGCACAAGCUAAUUACAACAAGUUCUGAUUCUGCUGUUUAAAUUUAGAUUUAUAAAGUAGGAUUAGAAAUUAAAACACUCCAAAGUAUUGCCUUCUCUGUGGACACAAGUAUGGUUUGUAGGUAAGGUAUACUCUGAGCAGUAGUUGUGAUGAUCGGUAUUAUGGGGAUGAGAGAUUCUCAUCCCUCUUUCUCUUCCAUGGCUGUAAGAAAGCUGGUAUGUGUGAAGGUUUAUGGUUUAUUGGGACAUCACUGAUACUAUGCCUGCUUCACAGCACUUCACAAGACAAAGACAGCCGAUGCUCUUUGUCCUGAAGAUGAUGAUGAUUCUACUGUUAUCAUGUUGGACUUAACUCAUUUUGUAUUUUAUUGACUUUUGUCCCUGAAAAAGCAAAAAAUGAAUGAUGAUAUAAAAUGUAGUUGUACUGUAAGCUCUGCAAACUAUACAUCAAAGUCCUACUCUGUAUUUGCAAAACAAUCAAUAAAGAAAAGAUUAA